CACAUGACAGAAGCUCCAAACAAAUGAAAAUCGAUGAAAUGGAUGAAAAGCCCUAUUGACAGUUCGUUGAGUUUUUCAAUUUUUCACCUUUUAUUGUAAAUAAUUAUAAAUGUAAAUUUGUUAUUGAAAUAUAUAUAUAAUAAAACCAAAUGCCAAAUGGAUGUAAAGCAAGAGGUUACUGAAGAGACCGGUAAAGUAAAAGUAGAAAUAUAUAAUGAGGUGGAUGAUGGUUUCUUGGAUAGCUGUAAAAUUGAAAUUCAGGAGGAACCCAAGAAAGAAAGCAUACAUGACACAUUUGUUUAUUCAGACUCACAGGAAUUCCCUACAAAGAUUGAAGUAGAUCCAGAUGAAAGCCAACUUAGACCAGCUGAAGAAAUAGAUGAGAAAGGGUAUCUCCAAGAUGAAGACAAAAUGGAAAUUGGUGGAAAACUCAUCAAAGAUUUAUCUUACGAAGGAAAUGACACGAGUCGACAAACUGAAGAAAAAACUCUAAAUAAAAACAUGAAAGUUGUGACGGGAAGAAGACCUAAUAAAUGUGAAAUUUGUUCUAAGCAGUUUUCUCAAAGACAUCAUUUGAAGAGACAUUUGAGAGUGCACACUGGAGAAAAACGUUACAAGUGUGACAUUUGUUUUAAGCAAUUUAGUCAAGGAAGUACUUUGAAAACACAUUUGAGAGUGCACACUGGAGAAAAACCAUACAAGUGUGAAAUUUGUUAUAAGCAGUUUACCAAAGCAAGUAAUUUGAAAGAACAUUUGAGAGUGCACACUGGGGACAAACCUCAUAAGUGUGGGAUUUGUUUUAAGCGAUUUAGUCGAGCAGGUAAUUUGAAAGCACAUUUGGAAGUGCACACUGGAAUAAAAAAUUACAAGUGUGAGAUUUGUUUUAAACAAUUUAGUCAGGCAAGUGAUUUGAAAAGACAUUUGAGAGUGCACACUGGAGAAAAACCAUACAGGUGUGAAAUUUGUUUUAAACAAUUUAGUCAGGCAAGGAUUUUGAAAAAACAUUUGAGAAUACACACUGGAGAAAAACCUUACCAGUGUGAAAUUUGUUCUAAACAAUUCAGUGAAGCAGGUAGUUUGAAAAAACAUUUGAGAGUGCACACUGGGGACAAACCUCAUAAGUGUGGGAUUUGUUUUAAGCGAUUUAGUCGAGCAGGUAAUUUGAAAGCACAUUUGGAAGUGCACACUGGAAUAAAAAAUUACAAGUGUGAGAUUUGUUUUAAACAAUUUAGUCAGGCAAGUGAUUUGAAAAGACAUUUGAGAGUGCACACUGGAGAAAAACCAUACAGGUGUGAAAUUUGUUUUAAACAAUUUAGUCAGGCAAGGAUUUUGAAAAAACAUUUGAGAAUACACACUGGAGAAAAACCUUACCAGUGUGAAAUUUGUUCUAAACAAUUCAGUGAAGCAGGUAGUUUGAAAAAACAUUUGAGAGUGCACACUGGAGAAAAACCGUACAAGUGCGAGAUUUGUUUUAAGCAAUUUAGCAAAUCAAGUAGUUUAAAAGCACAUUUGAGAGUGCACACUGGAGAAAAAACUCAUAAGUGUGAAAUUUUUUAUAAGCAGUUUAACAAAGCAAGUAAUUUGAAAGCACAUUUGAGAGUGCACACUGGGGACAAACCUCAUAAGUGUGAGAUUUGUUUUAAACAAUUUAGUCAGGCAAGUGAUUUGAAAAGACAUUUGAGAGUGCACACUGGAGAAAAACCAUACAAGUGUGAAAUUUGUUCUAAACAAUUCAGUGAAGCAGGUAGUUUGAAAAAACAUUUGAGAGUGCACACUGGAGAAAAACCAUACAAGUGCGAGAUUUGUUUUAAGCACUUUAGUACAAAUAAUUUGAAAGCACAUUUGAGAGUGCACACUGGGGAAAAACCUUACCAGUGUGAAAUUGUUUUAAGCAAUUCAGUCAAGAUGAAGAUUUGAAAAGGCAUACAAGGAUACACACUGGAGAAAAACCUGAAAAAGUGUGGGAUUUGUUUUAAGCGAUUUAGUCAAGCAGGUAAUUUGAAAGCACAUUUGGAAGUGCAUACUGGAGUAAAAAAUUACAAGUGUGAAAUUUGUUUUAAGCAAUUUCGUGAAGCAGGUAAUUUGAAAAAACAUUUGAGAAUGCAUAGUGGGGAAAAACCCUUACAAGUGUGAGAUUUGUCUUAACUAGUUUUCUGUGAAAAGUAACUUAAAAUCACAUUUUUGAGAUUGCACCAUGAAAAAAUUAUUUUUAAUGCAACGAGCAUUUACUGAUGAAAAGACAUCUCAAACAUCAUUGUGAUGCAAGUAAUUGGAAUACACCAUGCCAAUUAAAUGCUACUUGUAUACAUGAUUUUUUCCUAUGACCAUCUGAAAAAAAUACAGGGUGUUUCCGAAAGGGUUUAAGAUAUCGAUAUAAUACAUAAUUUAGAACAAAAAAGUCCUAUAACAUUUUUUUCUAAAAGUAACCGUUUCAAAAAAAAUUACAUUGUUCUCCAUAUAAACGAAUUUUGAUCUUCAGAAAAUUAAAAUAAGCUGGCAACGUCCAACCAGAAUUCGUUUGUGAUUAUGGAUAUUUAACAUAAUUGAAACCUUAAUUAUUACGAGCCCCUUCCCAUAUCAGUUGACCCAAUGCAGAUUGAAAAGAAAAGCCAAUUUUAUAGAACAAAAACCAAAGUCAAGCAUACCUAAACUUUGAAAGCUCCUUUCACCGAUAAUUUGUGAAUUCCCAGAAGUAUACCAAAUAUGUUUUAAAUUAAUAAAAACGAUUAAUUGAACAGAAUAACAAUAAAUUUAAAAAAAAACGUAAACAUAUCUAAUUUUAACAAAAGAAAUGUGAAAGUUUACAUCUGAGUGACAUCCCUUUUAUUUUUAAUUAGAUUCAAAAUUCUUCGAGGUAUAGUUUUUACAAUGUUCUGGUAACACUCUGGUGUAAAUGAAUCCCAUAUUUUUUGCAAGUUUUGCUUCAAUUCUUUGACGGACCUAGCAGUAUGUUUCCCCAAUGUAUUUUUUAUUUCGCGCCACAAAGAGGCUUGAAAGUUUCUCUCAGGGACAAGUCGGGACGCUUAGAGACGUAUUCCAGAAGUAUAAUAUCAUGGUCUCCAAUCCAGUUUAAACUCUUUUGGCUUAUGGCAACCUUUGCCAUCCCAUUGGAAGACGAAAUGUUUCGCUGAUUUUAACUUGUUUGAAUGACUUUGUUCCAAAAUCGGUAAGAGAUUAUUUAAAACCUUCAAAUAUUAUUUGCCCGUAUUUAAAAUGAUAUCGAUAAAAUGCAACUUUUCACACCUUUCGCCGACAUGCUGCCCAGACCACGAUAAACGUAUUUGACUUUUCUGUUAAGACAGUAAGGCUGAAAAUCUUUAUUUUUUUCUGCGAAUAACUCGACUCAUACUGUCUCCAAUUCGACUCCAACACACACUUCAAAUCUAGAUUCAUCACUCCAUUGUAUUGCAUCCCUUGUCAAUUUGUCCAGCCUCAAUACUCUUUUGACCAUUUUAAUCUAUUUUUCUUGUGUUGUAAUGUUAAGACUGGAUUAGUCUGGGAUACUAAAAUGAAAAUUUUCAAAAAUAAUUUAUAUUGAGUUUUUUAAUUUCAUUAAUUAAUUUGUAAGUAAGCAAAUCUUAAUUUGUGGUCCUCUCGGUGAUAUGCUGAUCUAGAAUCGUGUCUUCCAACGAGGUUAAUCCACAAAACACUUAAAUCUAGCACGUCGUUUUUUCACUAUAAUGCGUCUUAAUUCCCUUCGAUCUGCUUCGUUUAUUUUACUUUUUUCUCCAUUUAUAGGUUUGGUAAUAUCCAAACCUGAGGUUUUGUAUCUCCUAACUAUAUUUCUUACACUAUACUGUGACAAUUAAAGCAUAUUCGCGAUUUCCGAAUUGAAUUUUCCAGAAUUCAAAAAUCUAUUGAUGAUUGAACAAAAAUGUUUUCAUCCAUCACUUUAUCUCCACCCAUUCCCAUUGAUAAUUUUAUCUCGACAAACGGUAGUAGGCUUUAUAAUAAACUGCUCGUCAAAAGUUAGGGAUAUAGAAAAUUCUGAAUUUUUAUAGUAGAUUUUUUCGUGAACUGAUUAACGGAUUCCGCUAAAUGUUUUUUUAUUAUUUUAGACUUUUCUUUAGUAUUUACACAGUUAUGCAAAGGUUUACUCAAACUUUUUUUUGUACUUAUACCGGGUGGAAGAAAAGAUGUUUUUCUUAUGUUAAGUUUGAGACGCCCUGUAGGGAGGACGAGGUACAAAUGGGAGUAUAUAUCGAAAUCGUAUUGUAGUCUUAUGUUUUGUGAACAUUUUGUUUUUUGAAUGUCCCUGAUAUCUUUAGAAAUAAAAAAAUAGACGGUUUUGUAAUUUAACAUGUGUUUUAACCGAAACAAAAGUUUGAGACACCUUGUAAGGAGAAAAAGGCACAAAGGUGAGUAUACCUCGAUAUUUUGUUGUAGUCUCAUAUUUUGUGAAUAUUUUAUUUUUUUUAAUUUCUCUGAUAUCUUUAAUAACAAAGAAACUAGACGAUAUUACUCUUUAAUAUGUGUUUUAACUGACGACAUGCGUCACAUCACACAUGUGAAACAUAGAAAAACAUAUUAAAGAGUAAUACCGUCUAGUUUCUUUGUUAUUAAAGAUAUCAGAGAAAUUAAAAAAAUAAAAUAUUCAAAAAAUAUGAGACUACAACAUAAUAUCGGGGUAUACUCAUCUUUGUGGCUAUUUCUCCCUACAAAGUGUCUCAAACUUUUGUUUCGAUUAAAACACAUGUUAAAUUACAAAACCGUAUAUUUUUUUUGUUUCUAAAGAUAUCAGGGACAUUCAAACAACAGCAUGUUCACAAAACAUAAGACUACAAUAUUAUUCUGAUGUAUACUUACAUUUGUACCUCGUUCUCCCUACAGGGUGUCUCAAACUUAACACAAGAAAAACAUAUUUUUUUCUUCCACCCGGUAUAAGUACAAAAAAUAAGUUUGAGUAAACCUUUGCACAACUGGGUAAAUAUUAAAGAAAAGUUGUUCCGAAGCUAUUUUCUUGUGGCAUUUUUAUAAUCAAGUACAUUCAAAUGGGAAAUAAGCCACAAUUUUACCUAAAAAUGAUUUUAUUAACGUUUCGACGCCCAAGUCGGGUGUCGUUGUCAAAAUA